AUCAAGAACUUUGCAACUCCUUCCUUCUUCAUAGUUGGUUCUUUUAUCUUGUUGCUGACAUGGUAGUAACUAUGAUAUCACAUUCCCAGCUAUGAUUGCACCAAUUGCAGUGGCAUUGGCGGUGGGUCUUCUGGGGUGGGCUUAUAAGGCAUUGAAGCCCCCACCUCCAAGAUUAUGUGGAUCACCAGAUGGUCCUCCUGUCACUUCAACUAGGUUGAAACUCAGUGAUGGAAGACAUUUCGCCUACAGGGAGUCUGGAGUUCGAAAGGAAGAGGCUAAGUACAAGAUCAUUGUCGUUCAUGGCUAUGACAGCUCAAAAGAUCUAGGUCUACCUGUCCCACAAGAACUUAUAGAGGAGCUAAAGAUAUAUAUCCUAUUCUUCGACCGAGCACCAAAACGGCUCCAACUACUUGAAUUCGAUCAUCAAAUUGAUCCUUAA